GUGAUAGAAAACUUUAUUUGCAAAUUGUAUCAUUAACUGAACGUGGUCUUCAAUUAGCUAAAGAAGAAAUUGCUCGAUUAAUUAAAGAAGAAAUGAUGAAAAUGCAAAAUCCAGCUCUACAACUUGUCAAUCAUGGUCGUUAUAAAGUGUAA